GGUUACAGACUCUUCUAAUACUUUGGUGGAAUGUCCAAAAUUAUAUUUUACAAAGUUAAAUGCAAGAUACGCUGUAUGCAAUUAGAAUGCUGCAUAUUUGUGAAAUACAUCCUUUUUCCACUGUUCGCCACCACUGCAAAUUCUUUUCACCUUUUCCUUUCAGGAUGUGAAGACGUAUCAUUUAAAAAACGUUCGGGCAUUUUGUUAGCCUUAUCAGGGUUGAUACGCAAUUGCAGAAGGUGUAUAUUAAGCAUUUCACAAGUAAAACAAUGAAAGUGUUGUUGCUGAAAGAUCCAAAGGAAAAUGAUGGUGGACCAGAUUCUUACAUAAAGGAAUUCGGUUCACACGGACUCAAAGCAACUUUAAUUCCAGUUUUAGCAUUUGAAUUUAUUUCUCUUCAAACUUUCUCUGAAAAACUUUUUCAUCCUGAUCAAUACCGUGGACUAAUUUUUACCAGCCCAAGAGCAGUAGAAGCUGUUAAAUUAUACCUAGAGGAUAGUUGUAAAAAAGAAGCUUGGAACAAUUAUCUAAGAGAAAAAUGGAAUACUAAACCUGUUUAUGUGGUAGGGAAAGCUACUGCUGGAUUAGUAACUGAAAUAGGCCUCAAACCACAAGGAGAAGAUUGUGGAAAUGCUGAAAAACUAGCGGGAUUCAUUUGCUCCCGGGAGCCAUCCAAUUCAUUGCCUCUUCUUUUUCCAUGUGGUGCUCUGAAAAGGGAAACGCUUCCAACAAUGCUCAAGGACAAAGAUAUUAUGUUGGAAUCUGUUACUGUUUAUCAAACCAGUCAACAUCCUGACCUCCAGGAAUCCUUGACGAAUUAUUUCUCACAAGAGGGUGUUCCGGCUAGUGUUAUUUUCUUCAGCCCUUCUGGUGUCAAAUAUUGUCUGAAGCAAAUUUUGAAGUUGUCAGGGGAUUCCGUUUCCCAAAUUAAGUUUGCUGCUAUAGGUCCAACAACAGCUGAAGCUCUUGUAAGUGAAGGAAUCUUAGUAAGCUGUACAGCCAGUCGUCCUACGCCACAGGAUCUUGCUGCUGAACUUAGAAAAUGUCUGUAGCUGUAAUACAUUUGAAAACUCUAUGAUUGGAAUCAUGUAAUUUGCAGUAAUAUCUAAAAUUAAAAUUAAAAUAUCUAAAAUUAAAAAUACCUUCUUUACUAUUUAAUAUUGGAUUAUUUCUGCAAUCAUUGGAAGUAUACAUCUGUUCUGGCCCCCCUUCUUUGCUCGUUCAAAGACGACAGGCAGACAGACUUAAAAGGAAAUA